UUAAUUAAGCAUUCACUUGUUGACCAUCUGGAUGUCAAAGCCAAACUUUUCAAGCAGUACCUCACGAAAACUGGCUACAAGAUUGCAAUAUACAAUGAUGUGCUAAUGACUAUCCACCUGCAGAUGCUACGUGGUCUGGCAGCUUAUAGACUUGGCUCAUGGUCUUACCAGAUAGCCGAAACUGAUGUCGAAGGUGGUCAGAAACAGGUCAACCCUAACAACAUUGCCUGGUCUAGCGAGAGUAAUGCUGUCGAGUUUUCUGAAAGCAUAGUUGGCAAACAGCUGCAGAAAGUUGUCAUGGACUUUGCAGAGGGAGGGGUGGGUGUGUAUGUCCCAUAUAAAGUUGUUGGUCAUAUAGUGCGUUGUGGAGACUCCCCGAAGGUGCAUGCUGACACUAAGCCUGAGGAUGAUGAGGUGUCUAUGCUGAUUUAUUUGAAUGAAAAAUGGAGAAAGAAUAAUUAUGGGGAUUUGUACUUGUAAGUCUCUAAAUUUUGUAGGAAAGUAUAAUGUAGUUAUUUAAGUGUUUUUUUUUUCAUUUUUUUCCUCCAUCCUUUUAAUCUUUCAUUCCUUCCAUCUUUUCCUUCCUUUCUUCUUUUCAUCAUUCAUUUCCUUAUUUUUUUCUUGUUCCCUUCUGACUUUGUACCUUAUUUCCUUACUUUUUUCUUGUCCUACUUCAUUCCUUCCUUCUUUCCAACAUUCUUUUUUCUAUAUUUUUUCCCUUCCUUCUUCCCACCCUUCUUUCCUUUCUCCUAUCUUCCUUCCUUCUACCUUUUCUUUUUUCCCUAUCUCUCUUUCUCCCUUCCUUCCCUCCUUCAUUGCUUCCUUCCUUCUUUGGGCUAUCUUUCCUCUUGCUUCUUUUCUUUUCUUUUCCUGUUCUUCCUUCCAUCCAUACUUCCCUUACUUUUGCUCUCCUUUAUUCUUUCCUUUCUCCUUCCCAUCCUUCCUACCUUCUUUUUUCCCAUCUUCACUUCUUUCUUCCCUUCCUUCGUACCUUUUUUCUAUCUUUUCUUCUUUUUGCCCACAUUUUCUGCUUCCCGCCCUUUCCUUUCCUAUCCUUUCUUUCUUCUUUUCCUUAUUCCUUUCCUCCCUUCCUUCUUUGCUUCCUUUCUCCCUUCCACCGAGUCUCAUAAAUACAGUAAAAUAUUGAAUAUUCAUUACAUAAUUUUUGAAGAUAUAAACCAGCUUUACUUCUUCUAAUGCUGAACUUUAUUUUACUCGUCUGUAACAGUGAAGUACAAAUUGACAGCAAUUUCCUCCGUAGAUAUGAUGACGACAAAGAAAUUGUAGCCGGAGUAGUACCACGUUACGGUCGAGUUGUCGUAUGGCAGAGCUCCAUCCCAUAUCUCCCACGGCCGCCAAGUGUUGCUGUUAAAGUGGGCCAACUGUUUCUACACAUUCGCUUCACCAAGAACCAAACACGAUUCGUGAAGGCUCAUGAAAAGUGGCUAGAAAACGAACAACAACACGAAACAAUACGAAAUGAGGGUUUCUUUCUAAAAUCCGAAGAAGGUAGUGCUCCCAUUAAAUGGGAAAUUAAAUUGAUCAGUAACUUCGGAUUCUUCGGUUUGGUUUACGUUAUAAAACUAUUUUUGUCAACAGGGCAGUCUGGCCCCAGUUUGUCAUGUGGCAAAAUUAAUACAUUAAUGCAGCAAAUAAAUCAUUAGGAUUUUACUGCCUAAGUGAAACUGAGGUUUAUUCUUUGUCCAACCCGAAUGUAUUGGUGUCCGACCGAACUGUAGCUUUGUCUGACGUAAAUCAAUAUGUACCCUAGUCUAGGACUACAGGCUCAUAUGUUAAAUGGAGAAUCAGAGUAAUGUAUAAAAAGUGAACCGGAAAUGAUGUUUUAAUGUAAUCGAGCGCGGGGAGGCGAGUGAAUGGUAAAGUGGAAAACGGGCUUAAUAUGUCGAAGUCUUACUGCUGUUAUUGGCAACCAAGUUAAUUUUGGCUUUGAAAUAAGUAUGCAUGACACAAAUUAUUUAAUAUCUUUACAAUAUUUACCGUUCAGAAUUAAUACAUUGUGCUGAUAUUUGUGUCAUUCAGACUUAUUUCCGACCCAGACUGAACUGAAGGUCAUCGGACAUCAUCAUACACAUGUCCGAUCCAAGCUCAAAGUCAUCGGACAUUUUGUCAGACGGAUUUGUAAAAGAUAUUUUGAGGCCUGAGAAUACUCUAGCAUAAAUGUCGAGCCCUGGAUGUCUACAAAGUUAGGAAUUGUAAUUAAGAGGGGGAUAAUGGUGUAUUUUCGUGCUGCGUAUUGGGGUAAUUUAAUUAUUCGUUCUUCGUUCAGUCAUCUUUUUAUUAAACGUUUUUCGAUCCCGACAUGGAUGCCGUGUAUCGUGCUUGCGGUGUAUUCAAUAUCCGUUCUCCGUUUUCAGCUGUAUUUAAAGACGGUUAUUUCUCGUUUCUGGACAAUAUAUUCCAUUAAUUUUGUUUCUGGAUUUUAGCUAUGUUUCGAUUGGGGAACGGAGGUUUCAAAGUUUAUAUAAAUCAUGAACAUCGACGCAAUUGUAAACAAAUAGGUGAACACACCGCCUAGUACAGACUGUUUAUAUUCACCUUUAAGACUUCUAAGUAUGAUUGUUGCUUACAUUUCAUGUUCACUUUACAUUUCAGAUUCGUAAUAAAAUUUAUUUUACGUGCUUCAGGACUUCCUUCUUUUAUUUUUCAUGCUUCAAGAUCGCUACAUAUUAUUUUUCGUGCUUCAGGAUCGGUACCCCCCCAUUACCCCCCUCAAUUAAGGUUAAGGUUAAAUUAAGGAUUUCAGAACUGUACUUAAAUUUGCAUGAUUUCGCCUUCGGUGUUCACAUGGGAUGGAUGAAACCCUGUAGGAGUACAUUCCCCAGCCCGUAAUAAAUUUGCUGUAUUUAUAACAUUUUAAUUUUAGGUCAGGAACAUAAAGAGCAGAAUAACGUUGAAACUAAGGUAGUUUCAGAAGCGAAAUCGAAAGAGGGCAAAAAAAUUGUAGUGUUUGAUGAUUUGUUCACGAGAGAUGUGUUAGACAACCUCCGAAGUGUGAUUUUGAACUAUGGUGUAUAUUUUUAUGACGAUAGUUAUGAGGUGGAAAGCGAUAAUGUCCAAUGGAUAGCAGCGUUCGAUGUGGAUAAAUAUGUACAGAGCAAGAUGUGGGGGAUUACUAGCGAUGUAAGUAUGUCUCGUGCAGUGAGCUAUUCGUAACACUUAUAAUGAUAUGCGAAAGUUAAAUGUAGGGAAAAUAUCCAUAAACACGGCAUUUAGGCACCGCGCACUUUCUCCAGCGAAUAAUCAGUUCGUAAGCGGCCGUUCCUCUCCGGCCUUCAUGAUUCUCGUGGGUCGUACAAAACCUCUACUCCUAUGUGGACAACAGCUCCCCUUACUGUCGUUCCAAUUGAAGUGUUGCUGAAAUAUUGAUUCAAUACAUUACCUCGGGCUGACCAAUUCAUUUCAUCAAGUUCCUCGAGAUAUUCAUACACUUCCUAGUAUAAUUGUAAACUUCCUGUUGAAUAGUUUGAAUGCACCAAUCACCUUUGUUGUUUGUGCAACUAACCAAUCAUAAAUAGAAAGGAAGUGACCAGAAAUGAUCAAAUUCUUGGAAUUGGCUCUUUCACAGGAAGUGUAUGAAUAUCUCGAGGAACUUGAUCAAAUGAAUUGGUCAGCUCGAGGUAAUGUAUUGAAUCAAUAUUUGAGCAACACUUCAAUUGGAACGACAGUAAUUAAGCCCUCUAAUUAAACCUUAUUUCCUUAGGUUGCUAAAUUUGUCUCGGGUGGAAAUUCUGAAUGGUUUCCAUACGACGUCUCUUGUAACUUGAUCCGUAAUGCGGACACAACGCAAAUACACCAUGACUGUGCACGCGAUGAAGAUGAGUGGACGUUUUUGCUGUAUCUGAAUCCAGAGUGGAGCAUUAAUGAUUAUGGCGAGACAGUAUUUUAUGAGAAGAAUGAUGAUAAUACGGAGAUCAUUACUGAAGUUUUGCCGAAGUAUGGUCGAGUUGUGAUCUUUCAAGGUAUGGCUACUUUUCUCUCCCUUCCUUGCCUUGUUAAAUUCAUUUUUGUUUCUGUCCUUCCUCGUUUUUAUCUUUCCGUCCGUCCGUCCGUCCUUCCCUCCCUCCCCUCCCCUCCCCUCCCUCCCUCCCUCCCUCCCUCCCUUCCUUCCUUCCUUCCUUCCUUCCUUCCUUCCACUUUUCAUUUCCCCUUCCUUCCUUUCCCCUCCCUUCCUAACUUUUUUUUCCAAAUGUAUCGCGUUUCACUCAUAUUGGGUUUCCCAAUUUACGUUUAACGGACAAAACUUUUUUUUCUGGCUAACACCCUGCUUUACUACUUCAGGAAUGAUUCCGCACUCGGCUCGCCCCCCGAGCAGGAACUUCACAGGCGCGAGGUUGUCGUUUGCUGUCAAGUUAUCCUCAAACGAAUGGGAAGGUAGGGCAAAAGCAUCUCAAGAAGAAUUAAGACAUUUAACUGGUGCUUUGUCUAUGUUACAUCUUGUAAAACAACGAUAUUUGGAUGAAAUUGGGGAAGGUGAAGAAGGUAUGUCAUUUUCGUUCCUACAGUUUGCAUAGCUGACUUUAUUUAUUUUCUUUUAUACAGUACAUGUUCUGUUUAUAGUGCAAUGGCUGAUCAGAAUUUCUCUUUCCAGGCGUGACAAUGGAAGUAUUCCUAAAAUAUUCUACCAGUUCAUUUGCUCACAGUAAUUAAUUAAUUUGAGACGUUUGAUCAAUUAUCCGCAACUUCCUGUAUUUGAUAAUUUCUGGUCACUUUCUGAUUGGUCAAUUGCAUCUAGACCGCGAGCAGUCCCUUGGGAGAAAGGAGAGACUGCCGACAACACAUCCGGAAACGAAAUGCGCGUUGCCCACACAACGCGAAAUUCCCAUUGGUCGAAAUCGAUGUGCCUGUCAAUCAAAUCUGAUAUGUAGUAAUUAUGCUAUAAAUAAUUUCCAGACUGAAUGUUGAUUUUAUAAAUAAACAUGACAUUAGCGGUUCCUAUUGGAUAUAUUUAAUUGGAUAUAAGUAAUGUUCAUACAAAGGCGGAGCCAACUUGACAAAAGCGAAAAGUGGGCUAGUGAUGGGCGAUACCAGCUUUUUAUACUAUACCAAUACGAUACCAGUCCGAUACCAUGAAUUUUGGUCGAUACCGAUACCAAAAUCGAUACCGAUACUAAUUUUUUCCCAUUUAUUAAAAUAACUUUUAAAACAAGAACAUUAAUGUUUAAAACAAGUCGAAGAAUACUCUAACUGGAGUACCUGCCAAAUAAUCGAACAUAACAUUUGCAAUUAUGAUUUUAAAUCUAAACACCAAUGUUUUCCUCAAAUAUAUUGCUAAUUAGCUAUAUGUUUUUGUUUAAGAACAGCAUCAUGUCAACAUUUUUUGCCUUCAGGGGCCUUCAGUCUGUUGCCUUCAUGAAGUAUUAAGCGAUUGGUCAGGAAUACUGACCAAAAACAUCGCAGGCUCAAGUGGUAUCGAAUUACCGAUACCUUUUGCGAGUAUCGAAAGUAUCGAUACUUUUGUAAGUAUCGAUGAUUUCGAUACUUUUUCGAUAGUAUUGCCCAUCACUAAAGUAGGCAUAUUUCGUUUCUUGAUGCGUUGUCGGCAGUCACUCCAUUCCCCUCGCACGCCCGGGAAGCUAAACCCAUGGAAAGGAGGGACCGCUCGCAGUCUAAUUGCAUCAAAACCAAAGGUGGUUGGUACAUUCAACGGGAGGUUAUCAAAUUUUCAAAUCGCUGAUCGAAUAACUGAUCACGGCCGCCCUUGAAGAGCGCUCUAGUUAAAAAAAGUUUUAAAAACUACACCACUUUUCUCUUCUAACGUUAUCUUGUAGAAUCAGAAGACGAAGAUUUCGAGCCAGCAUUCAAUGAUAACAAGUUGAAGGAAAUGGAAGAACGACUAGAAAGAUUGGCCAGUGAAGGAAGUGAUAUCGAAAAACUGCGAAAUUUUUUCAAAGAAGUCAGAACCUCCCAUCUGGGAACACGACAAGAAAUCGGAGAUCUUAUAAAACAGUUGUUAUAAUUUGACGCCCUAUAGCUGGGUUUCAGUCACGUGAUACGUUUAACGCUUGGUGGUCAACUCCAAAUGGAAACGCAUUUAUCGGAUCGACUUAAAUAUUCAUUUUAAAGGCUUAUUUACACUUGCAAUUUUUGCUACGACUUCUAGUGCGAUUUUCGUCUUCUGAUGCAUGUGAAUGAGUAGUAUACAAAUAAUGAAUGUUUAUGAGUGCAAUGGUAAGAAUAUUUUCAUGAGGUGAAAGUUGGAAUGUUCCAUUAAACGAGGCGACAGCCGAGUUGAAUGGAACAUUCCAUCUUUCACCGAAUGAAAAUAUUCUUACCAUUGCACGAAAAAACAUUCAUUAUUUGUUUUAUAUAAUACCAAAAUAGACUAAUAGAUUCGUAUGGGAAGCAUUUUGAGGGAUGCGAUUUAUCGAAAACACAAAGAGUGCAAUUGUACUAUACGUUUUAUUCCAUUGCACUCGCAGAGAGUGCAAUGGAACGUAUUCCAUUGCACUCUUGGGAAAUGGAAUUUUCUAUUCAAUUCACGUGACCAUAAACAGCCAAUUAAACGAUCAGAAUUCAAUAAGGUAUUAUAUAAAAAAAUAUAUAUAUUAUGUACUAUUUAAAGCAUGCGUAGGAGUGUUUUAUCACAUACAAGUGCUUUAAAUAGCUUCAAAAACGACUCAUCUUAUGCGAGUUCAUUGGCGAAGUAAUUUUUAAAAUAAACUUUGUCUAUACCGAGAAAAUCAAAGCUAAAGUUUAUGUUAACAUGAUUUUUUAUCACAUAUAAAACCGCGACACGCUUAUGAUUUUUCUUUGUGUUUUCCUCCUGAAUUAUUAAUGAGUUUUUGAAAUAUAUUUAAUCAACAACAAAAUACCAUUUUUGGUAUAUUAAGAUACAUACAUAAAAAAUCUACCACUACAUUACAUACAAAAAUAUAACAAUUUUACUAAUAACCUAAUUUAAACUUUCAAAAACUACCGUAACAGUAAAAUGUCGUCUCGUAAAAUGUCAUAUAACAGUAUUUGGCAACCAAGUUCAUAAUUGUCUUGUCUUAAAUAGCCAUAUAUAAUAUAUCUAAAAAUAUCUUGUUGAGUGAACAAACAGAAAGAACGAUUUAUUUUCCAUAAAUUAUUUAUAAAAAUAUUUCUAAGACUAAUAAAUUUAGAAUUUCUGCAUGACAUUAGAAAGUGGUAUUCAUUUCCAAUCUCAUUUAUGUCACAAUGUUUACAUAGCCUAUCAUUGUAUGGAACAUUGUUAUAUCGACCAGUUGGUAUAUGUACCUCAUCUGAAGACAAUCUCGUUCCCCGAGCCUGCGAUCCUCGGGAAGGAACGUGAGGCUCUGGGAUAAUCCGUUUCAGGGAGGAAUCUGAUUGGCCGUUGAAAUGAAUGCGUAGUUCAAUCUUAGCCAGGAUUCAUGGCUUCCGGCAACGGAUUAUCCCAGAGCCUCGCGUUCCUUCCCGAAGAUCGCAGGCUCGGGGAACGAGAUUGAUCUGAAGAGUAAACCAUUUCCCGAGUCAAAUCCGAGUCAGUCCCGAGCCCGAGUCAAACGCCCGAGUCGCGUAAAAAAAGACGAAAGUGAAGAAAAUUCACAGUCGAAUAGGGUUAGGAGUAGGUUUAGGUUUAGGGUACGAAGUCAUUUUACCGACAAAGACAGUUAAACAGUGACUCGGACAUUUGACUCGAACUCGGAUUUGAGUCGGUCAGUAACCGACAAACUCCAAAAUUGAAUAAAAGUCACAGUUGAAUAGGGUUAGGGUAAGUUAGGAGUGGGAUUAUGGUUAGGAUUAGGGUACUACGUCAUUGAACUGCAAAGACCAUCGAUUAAACAAUGACUCGGACAUUUGACUCGGGCUCGGAUUUGACUCGGACUCGGAUUUGACUCGGUUAACCGACAAACUCCUCAUCUGAACAUUCAUAACUUAUCCACUCGUUCACACCCAUCUGAGGAAGAAAAUCGCACCUAAAAUCGCAAGUGUAAACAAGCCUUAAACGAGCAAGUAUUGAUCUUGUGUUUGGUAUCAAAUAUAAUAUGCAAUUUCACGGAAUUUACUUGCGUACACAAGGCAUAAAGCGGCAAUAUGUGUAAAAUUGACCACCAAGCGUUUCCCUAUGUAUACGGCCUGAGUGAAACCCACCUAUAGCUCUUCAAUUUUCGCAAUCUUGGCAAGUAUUGUGUCGGAAUUUCGAAUUUUGAUUUCGAUUUAAAGACUAAUGUUGUGAUUUUAUGAACUGAAAACUUGAUUAGCGAUACGGUCCGUUACGAAAAACUGCAUUUAGCUGGGAAAAUUUGUAUUAAAAAUGUUUACGUUCGUAUGACUCUAUGUCAGCAAUUACUACCACAGUAGAUUCAUAGAAAUUCUUAAUUUGCACUUCGCACAUUUACAAUUUUUUUUACACACAUUUACAUUUCAACUCGGUUUCACUGAGGAAGCCGAAAUAUACGACAAUAUUUAUAUUUUGUAUUUACAUUUGUACUUAUUUCUAUAGAAUACAACCAAUAUAAACAUUUGUUUAGAAAAAUAGAGGUGUGUACUUUGUCGUUGAUG